AUGGUAAAUUAUUGUGUUUGUGGGGGUUGCACAAACUCCAACCUGUCAGGACAUCGAGUCCACAGGUUUCCAAACAAGAAAAAAGACGGUGCUAUCUUCCGUGCCUGGGUGCGUUUUGUGCAGGUGAAGAGACGGGAUUUCACUUCUGCCUCUGCCUCAAAAAACGCGGUGGUGUGUAGCAUUCAUUUUACACCGGAGGAUUAUAAUCCCGGUGAUAUGAUGGAGGUCAACAUGGGAUACCGAAGCAAGAACCAAGUGAGACUCAUAGCUGGUGCGGUUCCUUCGGUGCACGCAGCAUCUUCAUCGGCCGCCGGCGGGAUCCGUCACGGAUCCGUCAGAGAUGCAGCUCGACGAAAACGUGAACUGUGCACCGAUUUGGGAGACAUUGCAAGCAAUGAAAGGGAAGCUGCUUCUUCAGCCAGUGCUACAGUGUUUGAUGACCCAGAGCAAGAGGCUUUCCCCUCACUAGCUCCUCAAUCAUCUGUGCUUCACUUUGGCUCACAGUGUAACCUUAGACCUUCACAUCGUUCAUCAGUAUGA